AUUAUCUGGCACCAGAUGUGCUGUGUCAGGGGUACAGCCCCUCCUAGCUCUUCCACACUCCCCCUCAGUUCCCUUUUCUCUUCCUAUCAGAACGUCUAGGGAGUAGGCAUCGGGGACAACAAAUAAAAGCUGUGGUCCCUGGAAGUUCCAGACACGAAGCAAGAGCAGUGAUCAUGAGCUACACUGCGGAACCAAGGGUACAGCAACUGAGCUCUCCAGAGGAUGAAGACUGCCUGAUCAGUGGUACCAGGCAUUCUGUUGUCAGCUCUGGAUUACGACCAAAUUUUGGAAUCAAAAGUUUGGCAGAGUAUCUGAAGUGCAGUUGCAACCCCUUGGUCCUGCAGCUGCUCUCCUUCCUGUUCCUGGCUGGGCUCCUGCUGAUCAUUCUCAUCCUAGUCUCCAAGGUCCCCAGCUCCCAGGAUCAGGACAGAAUCUACCAGGAGCUCAAACAGCUGAAGACGGAAGUGCAUGAUGGCUUGUGUCAGCCCUGCCCCAGGGACUGGGUGUUCUUCCAUAGAAGCUGUUACUUCUUCUCCAAGUCCCAACGGAACUGGCACAACUCCAUCACUGCCUGCCAGGAAGUGGGGGCCCAGCUGGUCAUCAUAGAGACUGAUGAGGAGCAGACCUUCCUGCAGCAGACUUCUAAGGCUAAAGGACCAACCUGGAUGGGGCUGUCAGAUGUGCAUAAUGAAGCCACGUGGCACUGGGUGGAUGGCUCACCUCUGUCACCCGGCUUUGUGAAGUAUUGGAAUAAAGGGGAGCCCAACAAUGUCGGGGACGAAGACUGUGCAGAGUUCUCUAGUGAUGGCUGGAACGAUAUCAAAUGUGACACCCUAAAUUUCUGGAUCUGUAAGAAAGCUUUAACCUCAUCAUGCACCACCAAGUGAAAGCCAGUUCAUCUCAGCCUCUGCAUCCCAAACCCCAAUACCAGGUGGAAGAACUUGACUCAUGUCCAUGCCCCUUCUUCUUGUCUGGUGACCUUGGGAUGGUAAUAAAAGCGCCUAUUCUUCUCGGUCA